AUGUCCAGUGCACGUAAUGUACGCAUAACACGUGAAAUUAAAAAUUUUGAAAAAAAAUCUCCAUGGGGAAUCACUUGCAUUCCCCAAAAGGAGGACGUCUAUGAUGUCUUGGUUGUAAAUAUGCUGGGUCCUAAAGGGUCACCAUAUGAGAAGGGUUCAUUUGAACUAACUGUUACCAUUCCAAAACGGUACCCAUUUGAACCUCCAUUUGUGCAAUUUGUUACACCAGUUUAUCAUCCCAACAUUGAUAAAGAAGGCAGAAUUUGUAUGGACAUGUUAAAAAUGCCACCGAAAGGGACAUGGCUUCCAACCAUCACAUUAGAGACCCUCUUGGUUUCUGUUCAGUCUUUCCUAUCUAACCCAAAUCCAGAUGACCCUCUUAUGAUGGAUGCGGCCAUUGAAUACAAGUUUUAUAAAGAAAAGUUUAAAGAAAAUGCAAGAUGGUUUACUGAGAAGUAUGCAACUGGCAUGCAGCCUAAAAAGACCUAA